AUGCCUAGGAUAUUUGGGGAUAGAAACCAACUAGAAACAUUGGACUUGAACUACAACAAUUUAAAUGGAAAGAUUCCAAAGUCCCUAACUAAUUGCAAAGAGCUGCAAAUUCUAAAUCUCGGCCACAAUCAGAUGACUGACACAUUUCCAAUUAUGCUACAGAGUUUGCCAAAGCUUCGAAUUCUUAUUUUAUCUUCCAAUAAAUUUUAUGGUCCAAUAUGGCAUCCACAUAGCUUUUUCGGCUUUGCGAACUUACAUAUCAUUGAUCUGUCUUUCAAUGAUUUUACUGGAAGUUUGCCUUCAGAUUAUUUUCAAAAUUGGACUUCAAUGAAAGCUUCAUACAAUAAGGGGCAAGAAAUCUUCUAUGUUAGAAUUUUAAUUUUCUUCAUCAGCAUUGAUUUCUCCAACAACAAAUUUUAUGGAGAAAUACCAAGCUUAAUGGGGGAUUCUCGAGAUUUGAUUGUGCUAAACUUGUCAAGUAAUAAUUUUGCAGGACGUAUCCCUUCUUCUUUAGGGAACCUGAUUGAACUUGAAUCGUUAGAUCUCUCAUACAAUGAACUUUCAGGUGGAAUCCCUCAGCAGCUUACUGGUCUCACGUUUCUUGGAUAUUUGAACUUGUCAAACAAUCAACUUACAGCUCUAAUACCACAAGCCAAACAAAUUGGGACGUUUUCAAAAUCUUCUUUUGACGGAAAUUGGGGAUUAUGUGGUCCUCCAUUGUCAAAAAAUUGUGAAAGGUCUCCUUUGCCACCUUCUCAUUACAGUGAGGAAUCAGGUGAUUCUGGAUUAUCUGGUUUUUGUUGGAAAGCUGUUGCAAUAGGAUAUGGAUGUGGAUUCGUUAUUGGAUUGAUGCUUGGACAUAUCAUCACCUCAAGGAGCCCAUACUUGGUGUUAAGAUUUUUCGUGUAA